AUGCAGACUCACCACCACCAGCAAUCGGAGUCUGAUGUUUUAUCAGUUUCUCUACAGGCUUUUCGAUCUGAUGUUUCGAAUUGCCUGAACCAGUUGUUGAAUUCAAAACCCGGGUCAGAGAUCUUGUCGUUGUCAUGGAUUCAACAAUGUUUUGAGCUCCUGUCUCUUAUCAACAGGGCAUUUGCAAAGCUAGUUGUGGAUAUGGACUACCCCAUGAGCAGCUGGGAAGUUGCUUCUGUGGACGAGUAUCUCAGCUACAGCUUGCAUUUGCUGGAGCUUCUCAAUUCUGUUAGUUCCUCUCUUUCUCAUCUGGCCCACGCUCGGCUUUCGUUUGCUCAUGCUCUAAGCCUUCUGGGGAAUUCACCUUCUUUGGCAAUUAAACAUCUCAAAGCAAUUCAGCCGCAAAGUUCAAGCAACGACUAUAAAGGACACGAAAACAAGAAAGAUGGUGACGAUAAGUUCUCCUCCCGCAAGGAAAGGGUUGUCAAUGAAGCUUUAAUGGAAAUAAAGAAUAUCGGCUUUUGGGUUUGUGGCGUUGUUUUGGCUAGCUUGUCUGGAGAGGCUAAACCAUACUUGGAGAUCAAACAACUGAUUGCCAGGUUCAAUAGUGCUUUGCUAAUUGAUGUAGAUUCAUGCAUUUCUGACGGUAUAGUGGAUAAAGGUGACGUACUUUUGAGAGAGGUUAAGGAGCUGAAUACUGCAGCAGCUUCCCUGGCAUCAGCCCUAGUCUCUGGGAAAAGCAGUGAUGCAGCCAUGGAUUUGGAGACAAGGUUGGGUGUUUUCGAGAAGCAGUUGGAAGCUUUGGAAAAGCAGGUUGAUAAUCUGUUCUCUGAAGAAUUGGCAGACAGAAAUGAACUGCUUCUCCUUGUUCGACAAGGCAAGCAAUAG